CCGCUCACCUCGGCAGAAGCCGGUUCCCCUCCGCUGCUGGAAGCGUCUGUUCUCCUCCCGGAGCCAGCGGCUGCCCGCCCGGGACCCCCGCGGCAGCGGGCAGGGCUCGUUCGCUAACAUCCCGAGUGCCCCUGCCGGGCCGGGGUGAAUCCGAGCGGGGGAGGGAAAUGGGUCGUGUCAUGAACGAGUCCCCCGUAAUGGACGUGCCAAGCAGGCGCCUUCCUCUUGGCGUCUCCUAACCUGAGCGUGCCCGAUGUUACUACUUGGUGAUAUUUUAACAUAUUAUCCUUGUGUAAUUCUAUAUACUUGUAUGCUGCCCCCUCUUCUUUGCGCCCUUUCUCAGAAUCCCUCUCUAGCCUCUUUCUUGAGGUGUGAAAGCUGCUGCUAGACAGCACUUAUCCAGGAGGCCGCUCUUUAUCCAGUGGACUUGGCUGUAACCGUGGCUGAGGACGAUGGCUCUCUUGAACAGUUUCUAAUGAGAUGAGUUUAGUCAUUCGAAAUCUGCAGAAAGUCAUCCCCCUCAGGCGAAUCCCACUUCGCAGAAGAAUAGAAAUCCUUCAGAAGAUUUUGGACGUGCAGCAAUUUGACCUGGGUAUUAUCUGUGUUAAUAACAGAAACAUUCAACUUCUCAAUAACACCUACAGGCAAAAAAAUGUCCCCACGGAUGUGCUUUCCUUCCCUUUUCAUGAGAAUCUGAAAGCAGGUGAGCUGCCUCAGCCUAAUUUUCGAGACGAAUACAAUCUCGGUGAUGUUUUCCUAGGAGUAGAGUAUAUCUAUGAGCAGUGCCAAGAAAAUGGAGAGGAUUACUACAGCAUUCUUACAGUGACUGCAGCUCAUGGACUGUGCCAUUUGCUGGGAUACCAGCACAACACAGAAGCGGAGUGGGAGCAGAUGUAUCAGAAGGAAAAACAAAUUCUUGAGGAGCUAAAUGGAAUCACUGGUGCAAACCUCCAGCCACUGACUAAAAACCAUUUCUGAUCCCAUCACAAGAAAAAGAGAGAAGACCCUGAAAAAAAAAAUCCUUACACUACUAAGAAACCAAGUAGCAUGGAUACAACUAACUUAUGUAUUAAGUGAUUUAUUUAACAGAUAUCUAGGUUAACUUCAUAUAAUGUCAACAGAAUGCCUUACAUUGUAGUGUGUAAUAAAAUUCAGCCAAACCGCUUCUCUCUCAAGCAGAGUGCAGUUGUAUAUGUAACUUGUAACCAGCAAUGGACUCCAGUAUCAAACAACACAAAUGUAUUUGAAGUAUCUACUGGAGACCCACAGAAGCAGCUGAAAACUACAGUGGAAUCUGUAUUUCAGUUCAUUAAAUUGUUCAAAUAUAA